UCCAUCUGACGGGGACAAAAUAUGGCUGUGGAGGAGGUGGCUGUGGAGCUUGCACGGUGAUGAUAUCAAGAUUUGACCCAGGGACUAAGAAGAUAAGACAUUAUUCAGCCAAUGCCUGCCUGCUUCCCGUAUGCUCUCUGUUUGGGGCUGCUGUCACCACAGUAGAAGGCAUAGGAAACACCAAAACCAGGAUUCAUCCAGUGCAGGAAAGAAUUGCCAAAUGCCAUGGAACUCAGUGUGGAUUCUGUAGCCCUGGAAUGGUGAUGUCUUUGUACUCUCUUUUGAGAAACAUUCCAAAACCCUCCAUGGAUCAAUUAAUGGAAGCUCUUGGAGGUAACCUGUGCCGUUGCACUGGAUAUCGGCCCAUUGUAGAUGCUUGCAAGACUUUCUGUAAAGGGAAAAAUAGAGACCUAGCUGUAUUGCUGUGGGCUACCGAUUGUUGUCAGAGUAAGGAAAAUGGCAUCCAUUGCUUGGUUCAAGAAGAAAGUGAAUUGCUGGAUUCUGAGCAAGGAAAUGGGACAUGUGAAAAACUCUUUCAAGAAGAGGAGUUUCUGCCACUGGAUCCAACCCAGGAAUUUAUAUUCCCCCCUGAACUAAUGAUCAUGGCUGAGAAACAACCUAAAAGAACAAGGGUUUUCCAUGGGGAGCGAAUAACCUGGAUUUCUCCUGUAACACUAAGAGACCUUCUGGAACUGAAAGCCAAGUAUCCAGAUGCACCGAUUGUCAUGGGAAACACCACUGUGGGACCUGAUAUGAAGUUCAAAGGGAUUUUUCACCCAGUUAUCAUUUCUCCUGAUGGAAUUGCAGAACUGAAUGCUGUAAAUUAUUUAGACAAUGGGCUGACAAUAGGUGCUGGUUGUAGCCUAGCCCAAUUGAAAGAUAUCUUGACUGAUGUGGUCUUGAAGCUUCCAGUAGAGAAGGCUCAAACCUACAGGGCUCUAUUAAAGCAUCUGAGGACUCUGGCAGGAUCACAGAUCAGGAAUGUGGCAUCUUUAGGGGGCAGCAUCAUCAGUAGACAUUCAACAUCAGAUCUGAAUCCCCUUCUGGCUGUGGGUAACUGUACCCUUAAUCUGGCUUCAAAAGAUGGAAAGCGACAAAUUCCUUUAAAUGACCAGUUUCUUAUGAGGGCACGAAGUUCAGAUCUCAAACCAGAAGAAAUCUUAAUCUCAGUGAACAUCCCCUAUUCUAGGAAGUGGGAAUUUGUCUCAGCUUUUCGACAAGCUCCACGUCAACAAAAUGCCCUGGCAUUUGUUAUUUCUGGAAUGAGAGUCCUUUUUGAAGAAGACACAAACAUCAUUAGAGACAUCUGUAUUUUCUAUGGAGGCAUUGGCUCCACCACUGUCUGUGCUAAGAAACUUUGCCAGAAACUCACAGGAAGAGCCUGGAAUGAGGAGAUGCUGGGUGAAGCUUGCAGGUUGGUUCUAGAUGAAGUUUUACUCCCAGCCUCAGCUCCAGGUGGAAAGGUGGAAUACAAGAGAUCUCUCAUUGUCAGCUUUCUUUUCAAAUUCUAUUUAGAAGUGUUGCAGAAUUUGAAGAUGCUGAACCCCUCUCUCUGUCCUUGUUUACCAGCUGAGUAUGGAAAUGUUUUAGAAGAUUUCCAUUCCAAACAUUAUGAGACUGUUUUAAGGUACCAGAAGGUAGAUACAAAACAGUUUCUUCAAGAUCCAAUUGGGCGUCCCAUCAUGCACCAAUCUGGUAUUAAACAUGCAACUGGUGAAGCAAUUUUCUGCGAUGACAUGCCUGCGCAUGACCAAGAACUUUUCUUGUCCUUUGUAACAAGUUCAAGAGCUCAUGCCAAGAUUGUGUCUAUUGAUACAUCAGAAGCCCUUAAACUACCAGGAGUAAUUGAUGUCCUGACAGGUAAAGAUCUUCAAGGUGUAAACACCUUCUGGGAGUUUCCUGAAAAUGAGGAAAUGUUGGCAACUGAGGAGGUGUAUGGUGUGGGCCAGCUUGUGUGUGCUGUGAUUGCUGAUUCAGAUGUUAAAGCAAAGCAAGCAACUCGUCUGGUGAAGAUUGAGUAUAGUGAUUUGGAACCCUUGAUCCUGACUAUUGAGGAUGCUAUACAGCACAACUCUUUCUUUGAGCCAGAAUCAAAAAUAGACUAUGGAGACGUUGAUGAAGCAUUUAAAACUGUUGACCAAAUCCUUGAAGGUGAGAUUCACAUUGGAGGCCAAGAACAUUUUUACAUGGAAACUCAAAGCAUGCUUGUUGUCCCAUAUGGAGAGGACAAAGAAAUGGAUGUCUAUGUAUCAACACAACAUCCCAGGUUAAUACAGGCCAUAGUAGCCUCCAUAUUAAGGGUUCCAUCUAACAAGAUCAUGUGUCAUGUCAAAAGAGUUGGUGGAGCUUUUGGUGGAAAAACACUCAAAACUGGUAUCAUGGCAGCUAUUACAGCAUUUGCAGCAAACAAAACUGGCUGUCCAGUCCGCUGCAUUCUGGAACGUAGAGAAGAUAUAUUAAUAACUGGAGGCCGUCAUCCUUACCUUGGAAAGUACAAAGUAGGAUUCAUGAAUGAUGGUAGAAUCAUGGCCCUGGAUGUUGUACAUUAUGCUAAUAGUGGCUCCACCUUGGAUGCAUCUCAGUUAGUAAUACAGUUUGAUCUCCUAAAGUUGGACAAUGCUUACAAGAUCCCAAACCUUCGCUGCCGGGGAUUUGCAUGCAAAACUCAUCUACCUUCUAACACUGCUUUCCGUGGAUUUGGCUUUCCCCAAGGAGGGCUGAUUACAGAAUCAUGCAUAACAAAAGUCGCAGCCCAAAGUGGUUUGCCACCAGAGAAGGUGAGAAUGAUAAACAUGUACAAAGAAAUAGAUGAAACACACUACAAACAGGAGAUUAAUGCAAACAAUCUAAUAAAAUGUUGGAAUGAAUGCAUAGAGAUAUCCUCAUACUAUGCAAGGAAAGCAAUGGUAGAAGAUUUCAACAAGAAGAAUUAUUGGAAGAAGAAAGGAAUUGCACUUAUUCCAGUGAAAUUUCCUGUUGGUCUUGGCUCAGUUGCUGCUGGUCAAGCAGCUGCUCUAGUUCACAUCUAUCUGGAUGGAUCUGCUUUAGUGACUCAUUGUGGCAUUGAAAUGGGGCAGGGAGUUCACACCAAAAUGAUUCAGGUUGUCAGUCGUGAGUUAGGGAUGCCAAUGGGCAAUAUUCACUUACGUGGAACGAGCACUGAAACGGUCCCUAAUGCAAAUCCCUCCGUAGCAUCUGUGGUGGCAGAUCUCAAUGGCAUGGCAGUACAGGAUGCUUGUCAAAUUCUUCGAAAACGUCUGGAACCCAUCAUUAGCAAAAACCCUCAUGGAACAUGGAAGGACUGGGCACAAGAAGCUUUUAAUCAAAGCAUUAGUCUUUCAGCAACUGGAUAUUUCAGGGGCUAUGAGUCUGACAUGGACUGGGAAAAAGGUGAAGGUCAUCCAUUUGCCUACUUUGUGUAUGGAACUGCCUGUUCAGAAGUUGAAGUCGACUGUCUGACAGGAGAUCAUAAGAACAUAAGAACAGACAUUGUCAUGGAUGUUGGUCACAGCAUCAAUCCAGCUCUUGAUAUAGGUCAGAUUGAAGGUGCAUUUAUUCAAGGUGUGGGUCUUUAUACAUUAGAGGAACUGAAAUACUCACCUGAAGGAGUCCUCUACACUCGGGGGCCAGAAGAUUAUAAAAUUCCUUCCUUCUGUGAUGUUCCUUCUGAGUUCAAUGUUUCCUUUUUGCCUCCUUCUGAAGUUGCACACACUCUAUAUUCAUCAAAGGGCCUGGGCGAGUCUACAUUGUUCCUGGGAUCCUCUGUGUUUUUUGCCCUACAUGAUGCAAUACUUGCAGCUCGACAAGAAAGAGGAUUUUCUGGUGUCUUCACGUUGAACAGUCCAUUGACCCCUGAGAAGAUUAGAAUGGCCUGCGAAGAUAAAUUUACCAAAAUGAUUCCAAAGGAUGAACCUGGAUCUUAUGUUCCUUGGGACAUUCACAUAUGAAUCAAUAACAAACAUUGGGAGAAAAUGUGAUGGAGAUUUUGAUUAUACUUGGUAACAGGGAAUCAAUUUCUCCAAUCUCUUUAUGCUUUAUGAAAACAUCUAAAAACAUUAAUUUCCACAAUCCAUUAAGAGCUUGGCAAAUAAAUACUUUUAACUCUGCUUUUAGAUACAUUCAACAGCCACCCUCCCUCCUCAGAUUUUAUAGCUAUCUUUAUUAGGCAGUGAAGACCAAAUCAAAGGCACAGUUUCUAGCCUUUUUCCUCUAAAAUGUUUUUUCUCCCGUUGUAUCAUGAAAAUGUCAUGGGUAAAUUGCAUAUGAGUUCAUGUGGCUAGCAUUUUCAUACAUUGUAAUGUCUCCUUGGGUCCCUAGUGGAGAUGAGAAAGGGGUCAGAAUACUCCAAAUCCUCCAGAGAUUGAUGGGGUGAUUAACUGGUGGAAAUUUCAGCUUGAGAGUCAGAGGCCCUCUGAAAGGGCAGUGAGAUACAGUGGAGAGAGCACUAAAUUUCAAUCAAAGGACCUUGCUUUGUCUGUGUGACCUUAGGCAAAUCACUUAACUUCUCUGGGCCUCAGUUUUCUUAUCUGUAAAAUAAAGGUGAUAGGUUGGAUAAGAACUCUAAGAUCCCUUAGAGUUUAAAUCAAUGAUACUAUGAGAUUGGAUCAGGCCAGUCCUAAAAUAUUGACAAAUUUUGGAAUUGAAAGGUUAAAUGAUCCACAAGUAAAAACCAGACAUUCAUCAUUCAGUGAGAUACUUGAGUCAGAAAAACAGGAUCCAAGGCCAAGAGUAGUAGGUCAAAAGCCAAGGGAAGCUAUAAAAAUCAAGGUUGAGAUCAUAAAAUUUAGUAGGAAUUUGUGUGUCCUAAGACAUGUUCCUUUGGGGCUAGAUCCCAUUUGAAAGAGUCAAUGGGCUGAUGACAAUGGGCUUUAACUUAUUUGAGUCUUUGUGUCCUUCAUUUGUAAAAGGAAGGGAUUCAAAGUGAUGAUCUUUAGGGUCCUUUCCAGUUUUAACAUUUUAUGAUUCAUUAGUGUUUGCUCAAUGGUGGAAACAUUGCCUUCACAAAAGGUAAACAAUGACUGUGAAAAGCCAAGAUCUUAGCAUUUUUUUCCUAAAUGGGGUUCAUCUUAUGUGGUAUACAUUAACUAAACAAAAAUAUUUUUUCUCUAUGAGACCUAGCUUGUCUUUUGCCACGAAAUGGAUAUCAGGUGCACAUGCGCUUGCACGCGGGCGCGCGCACACACACACACGCACAAGGAUUAUUAUUAUUUUUAUUUUAUUGCUUCUUAACUUUUGUAUUUUCACAUAGUCAGUUUUCUUGAAGCAGGAUAUGCCCAUGUUUUACUUUCUUUGCCCCAUUCCUGAACCUAGUAAGUACUCGACAGAGUUGGCAUUCAAUAAAUCCUUGGUGACUAAUGAGCCUUUUUGAAUAGUUUAUUCUAACGAUCUGAAGAGUGGAGGGAAAGCAAAUAUAUUUGAUUCCAUUUAUUUCUGGCUUAUACUUUAAAAGUGCUAAUAAUAAAUACUCAAUUUUGCUCUUAUGAUAAAAUGUGGCAUUCCAUACUUAAAUAGAAGACACAUUCAUUUACUGCAAAAAAAUUAGCCUCUUUCCUAUAUACACUUGGGGUGUUCAUUAUCACCUCAGACUUAAAACUACAAGCCUAUUAAAUAUAAGGUGAAGAUAUGUUAUACUAUUACUGAAAUAAUUACUGAUCUUUAUAUAGUGCUUUGAGAUUUGCAAAGUGCUUUACAUAAAUCAUUUCAUUUUAGCCGUGUAACAGCCCUUCUAAUAGGUGGAUUUGAAUAGGUUUGUUUCAGAAUGUAAACUCCCUGGGGAGAUAUUGAUUGUUUUCUGUUUUAUGGUAACCUGUUGUUAGGUAGUAGUGAUGAUUAAUAAAUAUUGUCUAAUGAUGA